GUUUCUUCUCUUCUCAUGGUCAAUUGCGAAGUUGAUUACAAAAAUUAUGACAGUGAAAGCAAGCAACAGCUUCUUGUCCUACUUGCAAGUUACUGCUGCCUAUGGACAAGGUAAAUUAGGUUGUCUGAAUCGUCUCGGAAUUGGGAAAAUUUUUUGGGAAGAAGAAUACGCAAACACCCUUCCUCCUCCUCCUCAAUUUUAUGAUUCAUUCUGUAAAUUGAAGUAGCUAACAAUUCAUGUACCCAACAACAACACCAAAUAUGAUUCAAGGUCAAGAAGACAUGCAGAAUUAUCAUCACAACCAUCACCAUCAGAAUCCCAGAGGAACAGCUGGAGUAGACCCUUGUCUAGUCUUGACAGCUGAUCCCAAGCCCCGCCUCCGUUGGACGGCUGACCUUCACGACCGAUUUGUUGACGCCGUUACUCAGCUUGGUGGUCCCACUAAGGCUACACCGAAGGCCAUCAUGCGGACUAUGAAUGUCAAGGGACUGACUCUCUUCCAUUUGAAAAGUCAUCUACAGAAGUACAGACUGGGUAAGCAGGGGAAGGACAUGGUUGAUGUACCCAAAGAUGCUUCAUACCUUUUAGAAAGCCCUACAAGAAAUUCCUCUCCAAGCUUGCCAGCUUCUGAUAUGCAUGAGGGAUAUGAAGUCAAGGAGGCUUUAAGAGCACAAAUGGAAGUGCAAAGUAAAUUACAUCUGCAAGUUGAGGCUGAGAAGCACUUGCAGAUCCGCCAAGAUGCAGAACGGAGAUAUUUAGCCAUGCUUGAGAGAGCUUGUAAAAUGCUUGCAGAUCAAUUUAUUGGAGGUGCAGUAAUAGACUCCGAUCAAAAAAAAUGUCAAGGGUUGGGAAGUAAAAUUCCAAGAAAUUCCAAUCUUGAUCCAUUUGGCUUUUAUUCAUCACAAACUGCUGAUGUAGCCAAUAUGCAUGGGCCAGAAGAAGUGGCACCCAGUCUCUUUCCUCAGAGGGCUGAUUGUUCCACUGAAAGCUGUUUAACUUCACAUGACAGUUCUGGAGGAUUGACGCUUGAAGGAUCCACAGUUGGAGCAAAGAAAAAGAUGAUGAGCUUGGACUCAACAACGGCAUCUCUGCUUUGGGGUGAACUGAAAAUGGGAACUCAUGAGAUUAGUUUGACUCAAGUGAAUUCCCAUGGAAUCACUGGGUAUGAUGAAUAUCAAAUGUAUCAACCAAAGAGUGUUCCUAGUUCAAGUUUAGCCCGCAGCAACUCGUUAGUUCAUGGUCAGCAUUUAGACUGUGGUUCCAGCCAGAUGGACCCCAUGAAUGGAGGGAACAGUCUCAACAACAACCCUAGUCUUGCCUCAAAGCAACGAUUGCGUUGGACACAUGAACUUCACGAACGCUUUGUUGAUGCUGUUGCACAACUUGGUGGGCCAGAUCGGGCUACACCCAAAGGUGUUCUGAGAGUGAUGGGUGUUCAAGGUUUAACGAUAUACCAUGUCAAAAGCCAUUUACAGAAAUAUCGACUUGCAAAAUACCUUCCUGACUCGUCAUCUGAUGGGAAAAAAGCUGACAAGAAAGAAACGGGGGAUGUGCUUUCCAAUUUGGAUGGUUCAUCUGGGAUGCAAAUUACGGAGGCACUUAAGCUGCAGAUGGAGGUGCAAAAGCGACUGCAUGAACAACUGGAGGUGCAAAGACAGCUGCAGUUAAGGAUAGAAGCCCAGGGUAAGUACUUGAAGAAGAUAAUUGAAGAGCAGCAACGACUUAGUGGAGUUCUUUCAGACGUGCCUGGUACUGGUACUGGAGUCUCAGCCCCAGUAUCAGGUGACAAUGGCCCAGAAUCUGACAAGAAGACAGACCCGGCAACCCCUGCUCCAACUUCAGAAUCCCCGCUCCAGGACAAGGCUUCCAAGGAAUGUGCCCCAUCCAAGAGCCUUUCUGUUGACGAGUCUUUCUCAUCUCAGCAUGAGCCAUUGACCCCAGAUUCUGGCUGCAAUGGUGGUUCCCCAUCUGACAGCCCUAAAGGCAAGAGAUCAAUGAAGAAGCAACGAGUCGACAUGGGAACAGCAUAUUCUAAAGCAGAGAUGGUGCUUACACAUACGAUAUUGGAGUCGAGCUUAAGCUCCUCCUAUCAGCAGCCACACUCUCUUUUCCUGAAUAGUGAGCAGUUUGAUCCAUCAUCUGGUAUAUCAAUUGGGAAGGAAGAUCAUCUAGAGGUUUCUGGAAGUGACCUGUAA